AGAAUUUAUUUUUCUGACUUUUGACCUUUUAACAAUAAAAUGACGAACAUAAUUGAGAGCAUGGACUUUAAGAUAGUCAAGUGUUUAGGACAAGGUACUUUUGGUACGGUAUACCUUUGUGACAACAGUCAGUACAAACAAUGCUGUGUCAAAGCUAUCGAAAUUCGAGAAAAAAAUGAAUUGCGACAUUACAAUCACAUUGCAUUGAUAAGACGGGAAGUGCAUGUAUUGAAGCACCUGAAACAUCCUCGGAUUAUGAAAAUGCUGGAAUAUUUCCAUUCGAAAAAAUUUUGGUUCAUCGUAACGGAAUACAUACCGAACGGCACGCUGUUGCAAUUAAUUGACGAAUACAAUCAUCAGCGGAAAAGAUUUAGUCAAGAGGAAAUUCUGAAAUAUUUGUGCGAUAUUUUACUGGCUUUGGAAUAUCUAAAGAUGAAAUGUGUCGUACACGGCGACUUGAAAAGUGAGAACAUUUUGAUUGGCAGUGAUGGUCGAAUCAAGAUUAGCGAUUUUGGUGUUUCCAAGUGUGUUGAGUAUUCAAUCGAAGACGAUGCGCUCUGUCACAGCACUCCAUUGUAUACAGCACCUGAAGCUCUGUUCGAUAAAACCAAGUACACCUUCGCAUCCGAUGUUUGGUCGCUGGGCUGCAUUUUCUACGAACUGUGCAUGCUGCAUCAUCCGUUCCAUCGGAUUUAUGACAUCGACGAAUUGUAUCAAUUAUCAUCGAGAUCCAUUUAUCAGACGAUUGACUAUGAACGUAAGAGUUACACUCGAGAUUUGAUGACAUUAUCAGAUAUGAUGUUGGAACCGAAUGUCACAAAACGUGCAAAGAUCGAUCAAAUUAUCGCCCAACCAAUUGUGGUGAUGCGAUAUUACGAAAAUUAUUUUGAUAUGGGCGAUCUCUCCAGGAAUCGCUGUUCAUAGUUGAGAAUUUCUACUUUUUUUAUCAUUUCUUUGACCUAGAGAUGUGAAAAGUGUUUCUGUAUUUUUUGUAAAAUUUAAACGAAAAUAAAGCACCAUCGCAAGACUCGCUGGUAGCUUAGCGCUGGUAACAUAAAA